CGACUUACUCCAAUCUGUAAAAACCCUCUUCGAAACGUCAGGUGACAAUGAUUCUUGUUGAUUUGUAAAUAGUUUUAAUACUGUCAGAAAUUAUAAUUAGUUCUAAAUAAUUACCUUGACUGCAAAAUGCUGAAACCAAAAGCUUUAACGCAGGUCUUAAGCCAGGCAAAUACAGGAGGAGUAUCUAGCACUCUACUUUUAAACAGAGAAGGGACACUCUUAGCAUAUGCUGGUUAUGCAGGUAAAGAUGCUAAAUUGAUUGCUGCCAUUACCAGCAACAUUUGGAUGGCAUAUGAAAAAAAUGGCUGCCCUGCCUUUAAUUCUGAAACACUAAAAUUUAUUAUAAUUGACUGUGAAGAGGGCAUUGUUGCUGUAACAGGUGUUGCCAAUCUCUUGCUGUGUUUGCAAGCAGAUGCAAAAACAGACUUGGGUAUCCUCAAAGCAAAAGCAGAAGCUCUUACAAAGUACCUUGAAGUUCCUCUCAACCAAGUAUCUGCCUCUGUUUGAUGUUUUGUAUAAACUUAUAAAUACUUUAUCUGAUGUUGUAAAUUUGAAAUAUUUUUUUUCUACCACAAUUGUCCAGUCUUUGUUUUUACUAUAAGUAAUAGAAUAAAAUAAAUUACAUAGA